GGCAGUUCGGUGCGACAACGUCAGGGGGCACCGCAGUCGCGGGAGCAGAUGCGGACCCUGGAGCCACAGGGGGGAAUACCGUAAAGGCAGUCUAGUAGAAGCAGCCGUACUAUUAAUUUACUAUAAGUGAGAGUUCUCAUUUACAUUUCACUGAAUCCUCUUCGAUUCGUUCUUAUAGAUAUAUUCCUUCAUAACCAUAAGCAUAACAAAGUAAGUACUUAUUAAUUAAUUUAUAACAAGAAAUAUGAGCUCCUUUUUCAGAUUGAUUAAUCCACUAUCGACGUCCAGAUGAAAAGCUGCAUAUUUACAACAAAUAAGAGCUCCUACUCCUUUUUCUUUUCUAAUCAAUGGAACAGUGGAUCCGCAGUCACGACCAGCGCUUCGUCCGAAAGUUCGGACGAUGA